CACUUGGAUUGCUGGAGUUUUAGGUUAACUAGUGAGCGGCAAACGCAGUAAGACGGUAAGACCGGUCGAGUGCGCGGUGCGUCCAAAGUGCCAUUGACCAGCUGUGAACAGUCUGACGAUCCUUCCGUCAAAGACACCGCGCACCGACGAAGAAACGAAAGGUCGACUAAUUAAAUUACGAUAAGCGAUCAUGGCAACGCCCACCUGUGAUAAGAAAGCGAGAGUGAUCGUUUUAGGAGGGUGCGGUUUCAUCGGCCGCAAUCUCGUAGAGUAUCUACUGGAUAAUGAUCUGGUAUCUUACUUGCGAGUUGUGGACAAAGUACCACCGCAGACUGCGUGGCUCAAUGCGGAGCACCAGCGGGUGUUCGAACAUCCUUUGCUUGAAUUUAAGAGCGCUAACUUGAUUAACAUAGUGUCCUGCCAAAACGCGUUUUCCUGUGACGAGCCUAUCGAUUAUGUGUUCAAUUGUGCUGGAGAGACAAAGAGUGGUCUCACAGAUCCGGUAUAUAAAGAAGGUAUUUACAAAUUGAGUCUGAACUGCGCCCAGCAAGCUGCAAAGAUUAGAGCUUUGCAUUAUGUGGAGAUAUCUUCCGGCAACCUUAAUGCUUCAGAAAAGACUCCUCACAAGGAAGAUGAUGCCGAAGAACCAUGGACAUUUGUUGCAAAAUACAAGUUACAAGUAGAACACGAAUUAAAGAAUAUACCAGAUUUGAAAUAUACCAUUCUCAGACCGGCUAUUGUAUAUGGUUGCGGUGACAGAAAUGGCUUAGCACCAAGACUAGUAGUGGGUGCAGUUUAUAAGCAUUUAGGAGAGAUGAUGAAAUUGCUCUGGGGACCGCAUCUUCAUAUGAAUACGGUUCAUGUGAGGGAUGUUGCCAGAGCUAUGUGGCACGUAGCUAACAGACCAGAAACAAUAGGCCAGACGUAUAAUCUCGUGGAUGAGGGAGAUUCUACUCAGGGUUCUAUCAGUGCCAUAGUCUCGGAACUAUUUAAUAUCAAUCAUGAUUACUGGGGCACUGCGCUAUCUACACUGGCUAAAACUGAUAUGAGCUCUGUUGUCGAGGAGGUAAAUGACAAACACAUGGCCCCUUGGGCAGAAGCAUGUCGCAAAGAUGGAGUGGAGAACAGUCCUCUGUCCCCAUAUAUAGAUCAAGAACUUCUAUAUAAUAAGCACUUGUAUUUACAAUCCGGAAAGUUAUGGAACACCACGGGAUUCACGUACCUGUACCCUAAAUUAACGAAAGAUGCUCUUACAGAGGUACUUAAUGAUUAUGUAAGCAUGAGGAUUUUUCCAUAUUCUUUGGUUCUGUGAACUUAGCAAUACCGACUGCCGAAUUCGAAUAUCGAUUCUCUUUUACACGAAGAUACAAAUCGGAUACGGUACGACGCCGAGCGCCGUUUUCACCUUGUGCCUAGAAGGGUUCUAUAUUAGUUAUAUAUAUUCUAUUAUACACGUUAUAUACAUCUUUACUUGACGUUUUACACGCCAGUAAAUAUUGCUGAAUGAGAUUUUAGAAAAAUGCAUAUAUAUGAAAUUUGGAUAUUUCGUAGACGGCCUAUUGCCAAUGUGAUAAAGUAGCAAUUAACGUACUUAAUUUUAACAUAGUUCUGCAAGUACAGAACAUUUUCGCACCUUAAAAAUGACUAGUCAAACAGUGACGUUUAAGAAUGAUUCAGAACAAAUUCUUAUACACGAAGAUAAAUAUGUGUAUAAGAAUACUUAAACUUUAAGACGUGGUCUAUGAAUCAAUUUCGAUGAAUGUUUUAGAAGAUCAUUGGUCAAAAAGAAUGCUUUUUAUACACCAUUUUUUCAAGACUGUGGACUGCGUACCAAUAAAGUUGUUGAAAACCUAUAUAUACACACACAUACACAUUACUAGAUGCAUAACAAGAGUUUUUUUUAAUAUUUGCUACAUUCCAAGAUGUAUAUCUUCCACACAAAGCUGUGAAUCAAGUCUUUCUAUUGAAUAACUGUUACACACAUAAUUUUAUUAUCGACAAUUUUUGAGUAUGUGCGACCUAAAGAAUUGUAUUAAAUUAAGUACAAACACCGUUAGAUGUGCGUUCAGAAGAUAUUCAUACAAAAGAUAUUCCUACAGAAGAUAUUCCUUAUUGAUAUAUGAAUGAUAAAUUCAUAUUGGUAGAUUUAUAUAUGAACUGUGCGCGCGUUUACACAUAUAUAAAACAUUUAAUAUAAAAUAAAAAAAAAAUUAUAUUCUAUUUGGCCUUAAAUGCCUCAUAUAAUAAAGAUAUUAGUAAGUAUAUUACACUGUCGAUAUUUUGUUGUUACGCCAAUAUUGCUACAAGUUCUUUGAUAAUAAAGUUGCUCCAUUUACGAAAUCGUAUUGACUCAUUGUACCCUGUAUCGAAUAUUCUUCGUGCUACAGAAGGAAUAUACUUUUUUUACACUAAAUGUGCAUUUGUACAUUGUCUUAAUUUUAUUGAAUCAGUGGUUACAACAAGACGACAUGUUCAAGAAGGAUCAACAGUAUUAUUAAAUAUUUAGUGUAUUUAGUCUUAAUACUUCAAACAAUAAGAUUAUAAUUUCAUAUAGUUCAUUAUACGUAAUAUAUUAAAAUAUAUAUUUUAAUGUUCUUCGCAGAUAAUAUAAUAUGUAUAUAUACAAUCGCAGGUAAAAGUAUGUACAAAGUAACUGCACCCUAAAGGAUAAUUGUCGCACACAUCGAGAUAAUAGAUCUAAAUCGGAAAGAAGGGCGAAAUGAGGGCUUGCGGAAAAUAAAUUAAUAGUCUUCUUAAUAUAUAAUUAAUAUAUAAUUAUAAUUAACGAUAAUAAUAUAAAUGAAUAAAAUUACUGGAUUCUCUUCUUCUGUAUAUAUUAGAUGUAAAAUAAAGUGUAAUGUCUUGGCUAUUUAUAUAUACAUAUACCGUGUGUGCUGUUACACACGCAAUAUAUAUGUAUACAUAAUAAUGUGUGUGUGUGUGUGUGUGUGUGUGUGUGUGUAAUAUAUUGUAUACACGCACAUGCGUAUAUAUCCACCGGGCGUGAAAAUAUAAUCUUUGAGGUAAACUGCAUUUAAAAAAAAUUGUAAACAAUAGUCUAAAUAGGUACCGAAGUUAAGUUAAAAUUAAGUAAUGUAAAUCACUCUGUACAGAGUGAUAAUUACGGAGGUAUAUUCGUUCGACUAGAGCCGCCGUACAAUACAAUCAAUACUUGCUACUAUAUAUUUAACACUACAGUCUGUUAAAUUAUAUCGAACUCCGUAUGAAAGGAAUGUGUAUGUUUAUGUUUGUGUAUAUAUUAUCAUAUAUGGAGUGACCAAGUAGUCUUGCACAGAUUUCAUAUAAGUCCCGAUUUAAAAGACAAUAAAACAUUCUUCUCUUUGGCUGCCGCAUUAUAGGUAUUUCUAAAUUAAGAUUAUAAGAUAGUGAAAAUAAUGCGCAAGAGUUAACUGUUAAGAGAUUCAUGAUGACACGAUGAUAUCGUGUUUCUAGUUUGUUCGGUAAAUUAUGAUAAUUAAUGAUCAAUGAAUGCGCGCAAUAUUUGUUACGGUGAUAGAUAGAUUAUGAUCUAUAAUAUGAUAUCAUUUAUUUCCAAAGUUCGCGUUUGCGGUAAUGCGAAGGACGCGCUAGACGCGAGACGAUGCUUAUUGCUUUUGUAUGUACUAUAAGGUAAUGUUAUCUUCGUGGAUUUUGUACAUACAGAAUGCUUCACGUAAAAUCCUGCAGGCUGUCCUCCUUGCAAAAGAAGAAUUGUCUGCAGUCGCUUCGCGUAAAACACUUUGACUUCCUCUCCUGAACGGCGACUCUAUAGUCAUUUGUUCACGACAUAAAACUUAUCACAUCCACGAAAUUGUUUCAAGAGCACUAUGGUAUGCGUGUACGGAGUGUUUUGUCGUUUCAAUUAAAUUACUGAUUGCUGUUGGCGAUUCAUUCGUCGCUGCGGCUACCUCUUUCUCUUUUUGUAAUACGAUACUCAAUUACUGAUAGUGCGGAUAUGGAGUCGGG